AUGUUAAGAGAAGCAUUCGUUACUUCGAAAACCAACGAUGGAAAUACAUUUAAUGAUAUUGCACGAAGUAAUGGUGAAGAUUUUUGGAAGAUAUUACAAGGACCUAUUUAUUCACGAUUGUAUAAUAUUGAUAAUACUGAACUCAAUAUAUCAAAAACUGAUUAUGGUUACAUAUAUAAUGAAAAUAAAAUUCUUGGAGUUGCACGAUUAAGACAAGUUCGAAUUAAACCAAAUUCUUGUAAACUUCAUAAAGAAUUUGCUAAACGAAAUUUUACUCAAAAAUGUUAUGCAGAAUAUACAAUUGAUAAAGAAGAUCAAGAUUCAUUUGGUAAUAAUUCAUUAAAUAUCUUUACAUCUGAUGCUUGGAAUUAUACAUCUGUUAAUCAGACUAAAACAAGUGUAUAUACAGGUGUUGUAUCUGAAUAUGGUGGUGGUGGUUAUGUACAAUUGUUUACUCGAAAUGCUAAUACAACAAUGGAAAUUCUUCGAGAAUUAGAAAGAAAUUCAUGGAUUAAUCGAGGUACACGAGCAAUAUUUUUUGAUGUUAUUGUUUAUAAUCCAAAUAUUAAUUUAUUUUGUCAUAUACGUCUUCUAGCGGAAUAUCCAUCAUCAGGUGGUGCUAUUACUUCAACAUCUAUCCGAGCAGUGAAAUUAAUUCGAAUUUUCGAUAAAAAAUAUUUAUUUCUAUUUAAUCUAUGGAAUUUAAUAAAUCUUAUCACAAUUAUUCUUUCAUUUAUAUGUAUUCUAUAUGAAAUAUUAAAUCAUUUUUCAACAACAAAACAUCUUAGUGAAUUAUUAAAAAUUGAAAAUAAUUAUCCAAAUUUUGAUGAAUUAUUUAAUUUAAAAAUCAAUUCAGAUUUUUAUUUAGGUUUAACACUUGCAAUAACAUGGGUAAAAAUUUUUAAAUAUUUAAAUAUAAAUAAAACAAUGCUUUUACUUAAUAAAACAAUUUCAUCUUGUUUAAAUGAAAUAUUUGCAUUUACAUCAAUUUUUUUAAUUAUUUUUCUUGCUUAUACUCAACUUGGUUGGAUUUUAUUUGGUAGAUAUUUAACUGAAUGGAGAUCAUUUCGUACAUCAAUUUUUGCUUUAUUUCGAAUGAUACUUGGUGAUUUUAAUCUUUAUGCAAUGAGAAAUGUUGGUCAAAUAAUUGGACCAUUAUUUUUAUUUUCAUAUAUUUAUUUUGUUUAUUUUGUUUUAUUAAAUAUGUUUUUAGCUAUUAUAAAUGAAACAUAUUCAAGAAUUGAAUCUGAUACAACAUUAAAAACAUAUAAAAUAAAAAAAUUUUCAAUGAAUUUUUAUCAAUUAAUACCGAGAAAAAAAUCAAUUGAUUAUGAAACAAAUUUAAAAACUCGUGGUUAUACGGAUGAUGAUAUUAAAAAAAUCAUUAAUAAAUAUGAUAAAAAUAAAGAUGGAAAUUUAGAUGAAGAAGAACAAAAGAUAAUGAAACAUGAUUUAGAAACAGGACAAUUAAAACUUAAUCAAAAUUACGAACAACAAUCAACGAGGUUACUAUUAGAUGAUGAUGAUGAUGAUGAAUUAAUAAAAUUAGAUAUGUCAUCAAUAGUAGCUUCAAAUUUUUGUGAAAAUAAUUUAAUUGAAUUACGUUUAGAUCAAGAUAUGGAAUAUGACAAUGAUAUAGCCAAUGAAAUUAAAAAUUAA